CGGAUUUGUGACACGGCCGGGGAUUUGAAAGCACCGCAGCCGCGUCUGGAGAACAUGCAGCAGAUAUUCUUGGGGACGCUUGACUUGUAGAGGAGCUGACAGGAGCCUGAUAUUAAACCGGACUGACAGCGAACAUGUUCUAGGCGCUUCUGAAGUUCCGAUUGCGCGCGGAGUUCAGCAGGAUCUGCCCGCGCUGUGGAGAGACUGAGCGGCUCACGUCCCGGGUCAGCAGCGCCGGUUCGGCGGGACGCGCUGGAGCCUCAUUGCUCAGCAGAGUGAGAAAGAGAAAGAGAGAGAGCGUAAAAAUAACAUUGGCUAAGACGCGCUCCAUUCCACGGGCGCGCUGACAUUUCAAACGCCAGUUUGGGUGGCACCCGGCAACAUAAACCCGAGCAGGCUGUAGAAACGGUGCCAUCCCAUCCGGACUGGUUACCAUGGCAACCCGGCGCUAAAAGAAAAUCUGAUUAUUAAAUCUGAGGAUACGCUUCUGACCCCUUUGCACGCCUCACCUGAGCGAGUAUCCCUGAAUAAAAGAAAAAGAAAAGCAGCUCAUGUCCCAUGUCAUACCCGGCCACGCGGCCGUCUAUUAAAAGAUCUCGCUCGUGCUGUCGCUCGGACUAUUUAUGCACGUGGGCGCAGUGAGGGCCAACUCCACUCCGUAGACAGACAGAAGACGAGUCAUGGGCAGCAUCACCCGCGCGCUGCCGCUGCUGCUCCUGCUGCUCCUGUGCGCGCACGGCACCGCAUCCCAGCACCACCUGCGCCUCAGGCCCUUGCCCAGCGAAGGUCUACCCGUCCCAGACCUCAUCGAGAACCCCGACCCGGAGCACGACCCACGCGAGCAGGACCUCUCGGAGAAGACCCUGCUCAAAAAGCUGGGCAGCAACUUCGACGCCAACUUCAUGUCCAUCCACCUGCCCGCGCAGCUGAACGCCAGCGCGCCGCCGGAGCUGCCGCGCCUCCCCAUGCCCGCGGAGCUCAAGAAGCUGGACCUCACGGAGACGCCGUACGGCAGGCGCGUCAAGGUGGGCAAGAAGGCGCGGCGGAAGUUCCUGCAGUGGCUGUGGAUGUACACGCACUGCCCGGUGCUUUACACCUGGAAGGACCUGGGCUUGCGCUUCUGGCCGCGCUACAUCAAGGAGGGGAACUGCUUCAGCGAGCGCUCGUGCUCCUUUCCCGAAGGCAUGUCCUGCAAACCGGUCAAGGCUGUGACCAAGACCUUCCUGCGGUGGUACUGCCAGGGCUUCAUGCGGCAGAAAUACUGCACGUGGAUACAGGUGCAGUAUCCCAUCAUCUCCCAGUGCAAGUGCUCGUGCUGAGCUGCGCGUGCGCGAGAGGGUUUAUCCAAUAUGAAUGAUUGCACUGUUUACCCACGGACAGAGGGAUGUGUGGCGCCACAUAGCGAUUCUAUUUUUUUAUAUAUAUAUAUAUAUAGCUUUUUAAUUCAAGAUAUAUGACAUAUAUGUACAUAUUUAAGUCGAAGAAAGAAGAAUGCAGCUAUUUUUGUUAAAGGAUCAGGACCAUAUUCUCACGAGGAGCACUUCAGCUCGUGGUUAUUUUUAUGAAGUUAUUGGGAAGACGAAAGAGAGAACUUCACUUUCCUCCUGUCGAACUCUAUUUAUAGAGACUGAAGAACACUGCGGGGAUGCCUAGACGUUUUGUACAAAUAUUAAUAUCAAUUAUUGUUGAAAAAAAGAGGCUGGGCUGAAAGUUAUACAGUGGAGUCGGCUUUUAUUUUUUUUCUUUUGGAAAUCAUAUAGUAUUUUAGUAAAAAGACACACAUGUGUACGGUUUAUUUAUUGUUUUAACGGUUGUGAGUAUAGAUAAAGAGAAUAGAAUAUACCAGAAAUUCUACUUGAAAAGUUCUAAAGAUGAAUUUAAGAGAAUAUUAAUAUUAUUAAUAAUAAUAAUAAUAAACAUGUCAGUGUAAAAUGCCAUGGUUUUAGCAAUAAAAUCUAUUAAACGUGGACUGAGUGUGAAGGAUCUGA